UAUCUCAAGAAAAACAGAGAACCGUCAACUUUUAUCAUAAUUAAUAAGUACAAGUCACUGAACAUUGUUCAUGGCAGAAUCAAGUUAUGCAACUAUGGCUAAUUAUCCAAUUGCUGUAAUCGGGCCUCAAUAUUGCGCGCCGCACCAGGUUGAUCUUGUUAUAUCCAGGAAGGUCAAGACACUUAGACAUGGAGAUAUUGUUGUUUCAGAUAUGCAUGGCAACUUCGUGUUCAAAGUUAAAGGCACAACUUUUGGAUGGCAUGAUAAGAGAGUUAUUCUUGAUGCUGCAGACAAUCCCCUCAUCACUCUCAAACAAAAGAUAUUGAGUGAGCAUUCGAGAUGGAAUGCAUUUAGAGGAGAAAACAGGGAUGAUGACAAAGACUUUUUGUUUACUAUAAAGAUGCCAUCCAUAUUUCAAUGGAAGACCAAAUUGGCUGUUUUCUUAGCAAAUAACAAUUCCAAGGAGAAGGAUUGCGAUUAUCUGAUUAAGGGAAGUUGGUCUGACAGAUCAUGUGUGAUAUAUGCUGGGGAUUCUUCUACCGUAGUUGCUCAGAUGCAUAAAAAAAUUACUCAUAAGAGUUUAUUGAUUGGAAAAGACAAUUUUAUGGUGACAGUGUAUUCGAACAUUGAUCAAGCCUUCAUCGUCUCAUUAAUAGUAAUCCUUGAUGCUAUCAAUGUCGCUGGCAAUGAAGCUGCCAUAGGUGCCGCAGUCGAUGUAGGUGCUGCUUUUGGUGCUGGUUUCUAGGAAGUUAAAAGUAUUUAUUUUAUAAAAUAAUACUUGUUCUGUUUAUGUGGUAUCAUUUGAUUUAAUACGGUGUUUAACAUGGUAAUUAAGAAAAAAAAGAAAUAUUUUUGAAACUUGUGAUCUAAACCAAUUCUUAGAUAUUUGUAUAGUUGUAAAUCAUUUCACUAAGAGUAUAAAUGAGAAUUUUAAAAUUCAAUUAUUUUCAAUUAUAAUUAGGUGACAUUCUUUUUGAGACAGUCUAAAAAGAAAAGAGUGCCACAUAAA